AUGCAGGCCCCUAGGUCCAACCAGGAGGAACGACACAAUGCCGACCGCGGGGCGAGAGAGUUGUACCGCUACUACCAGCCGGUUGCCCAAACCGACGUGGUCCCGUCCUGGCUACCGGCGGGCGACGAGUUUCCGUUCUCUGCACCUUCUCGAAGCACCAUCACCCCACCAAUCUCCGAAGGACUAGGAUCAACCAGCACUGUCACCUCGCAACCGGCCACCUCCGCGAUCGGCUCUGACACCUUGAUUCUCGGGACUCAGAAUAGUACUCUGACCGCUUUUGCGCAACUCGCAGCUUUGCGCCUGAACGUGGAGAGGGUGAUGAUUGCUGUUCUAGAUCGUGACCGCCAACAUAUCAUUGCUGAAGCAACACAAUCACUCAAUUUAAACGAUCAUUCGGUUCAUAAUGAGGACCAAAAUGUUUGGUUGGGAGCCUCCGACACUCGCAAAUCAUGGAGCGUUUGCAAGGACACUGCUGCUUUACCUCCCAACAACCGCCAGACCGCAGAGUACAAGUUCCUGAUCGCGAACGACAUGACCGAACACGAAAGCUACCGCAAUCUCCAUUUCGUCGAAAACGAACCGAAAUUCCGGUUUUUCGCGGGAACGCCAUUGACCUCCAGGAACAAAAUCAACAUGGGAUGUUUCUUUGUGUUGGACAAGAAACCUCGGGACGGGUUGACACCGUUGGAGAAGGAUACGUUAGGGUCCUUGUCAAUGCUCGCCAUGGACUACAUGAAAGUCUGCAGACAAGCGUCAGAAGGACGCAGGGCGGCUCGACUUUCCCGUGGCUUGAGUUAUUUUGUUGAAGGAAGCUCCAGUUUCGUGGACAACAAUGAUCUUUCACGCACCGACAGCGUGGGGCCUCCGUCAGCUACUCCGCCAUCAUCUUACAAUCGCAUGAGUACAAUGGCGGGCACUCGGGAAAAUAGCGCGGAACAAGCCUCGCAAGCAGCCUCGGCCAGUCCUCCCAAUGAUCGAUCACUCAGCAACGAUGCUCGAUCUUUUACAUCCGUCCCCUCCGACUUGAAGCUGGACAGUGAUUCGAAGCCCGAUGACGACAGCAAAUCGGGAAGCAACUCCAAAUUGGGUAGCGGGUCGAAGAACGAAUCCGGAACUUCUGGCGUUGAAAGCUCUUUGCCAGAGUGGUUAACGAGCAGUAAUCGGAACCAGUUACCCCCCGAUGAUUCUCAGGGCAACUCGUGGGUUUUCCGCAGGGCCGCCAACUUGCUUCGGGAGAGCUUGGAUCUCAGCGGUGAAAGCGGCGUUAUUUUCCUGGAGGCCAACAACAACCCCAUGAUGGACGCUGAAACUGGAAGCGAUUGCUCGGAAGCCGGCGGACCAGCCCCCGUACUGUCUGUCUCCACGAACGAUGAACCCUUUGCUCCACAGGCCGGAUCGAUAGCCACAUGCCCAGCCGCCAGCUUGGAUCAAUCGUUCUUACAGACGCUCCUUCGGCGUUAUCCCAGAGGAAAGCUCUGGUCGUUCCACCGGGAUGGGCUCAUCUCGACAUCUGAUGACGACGACCAGGAACCGCAAGACAAUCACCUCCUCGGAACCAGUGCGAGCAGCCGGUCUCCUCCUAGCGAUGCACGUGACCCAAAACACUCGAAGCCCAUGCGUCGACGCAGGAAAGCCGGCGAGAAUUCCGUGCUCAAUCAGUAUUUCCCUGAUGCCACCCAGAUAAUGUUCGUACCGCUGUGGAAUGCCGUUGGUUCGCAGUGGUUUGCGGGAUGUUUCUGCUGGAGUACAGUCGAGACCCAGGUUUUCAACACGUCAGUCGAGCUUAGUUCCGUGCUCGGGUUUUCAUCGUCCAUUAUGGCUGAAUACAGCCGUGUGGAAUCUCUUAUCGCGGAUCGCCAGAAGGGUGAUUUCAUUGGAAGCAUUUCACACGAACUCCGUAGCCCACUUCAUGGCAUCCUGGCUGCGGCUGAAUUUUUAAAUAGCACGCAUCUGAAUGAAUUCCAGGAUUCAUUGCUGGAGACUGUCAACGCCUGUGGACGCACGCUGCUGGACACAAUGAACCAAGUGCUUGAUUUUAGCAAAGUCGUGUCAUUGGAGCGAACCUGGCGUACAUUGAAGCGCAAGAAAGAGACACCGCUCGAUUUAAUAGGAACGGACAAGUUGGCAUAUCACUUGGAUACCUAUGUCGCUACCGAUGUUGCCAUUCUCGCCGAAGAAGUCGUUGAAGGCAUUUGUCUUGGUCAUGCUUAUGGUCAGAGCUCUACCGCGUCGGCCGACUUGCCUGUCUUGAUGCCACACCAUCCGAAGUUACCGAACGUCUUGUCCAAAGUUGAGGUUGUUGUCGACGUUUCGUUCCGCGAUUGGGUCUACCGUACCCAACCUGGCGCUUUACGGCGUAUCAUCAUGAACCUUUUUGGCAAUGCCAUGAAAUACACAGAUUCUGGCCGUGUCACUUUGACACUGAGUGCCACUAGUCAGUCCGAAGGACGCUCGCGACGUCAGGGUCUCGAGGACUUGGUUACAUUGACGGUCGCAGACACGGGUAAGGGUAUCUCAGAAGAGUUCCUGCGUGGCAAGCUGUACACGCCUUUCGCCCAAGAGGACUCGCUCGCAGUGGGAACCGGAUUGGGUUUGUCUAUCGUUCGAAGCCUGGUCAAAGCAUUGAACGGAACCAUUCGCAUACGCAGCCGCCCUGGUGAGGGCACUGUUGUGCAUGUAUCCCUUCCUCUUGGGCGUCCCGUUGGCAAGGAAAGCCCGGCCAUAGAACCAUCUGGGCAGCUCAUGCAACAAAGAGAGCUCCUCACCCAAACCCUUUUGCUUCGCGAGGGUUAUCCCGGGAGACGGGCAGCGAUUUGGGGCAUUGACCCAACCAACGUCUUGCAAAAUCCCAACUGGGCCGAAAUCGCUCGUUAUUUCACGGAUUGGUACGAUAUUGAGAUUGUCCCGUGGUCAUGUGAAACUACAAUCGACAUUGUUCUCAUGGAUGAAGUCGACAUUCCGAAUUUCAUCAAAACCGAGCCCAUGGCUACCUUGCCCGCACUUCUCGUCCUGUGCCACAAGGCGGUGGAUUACAGUGGAGCUCGAUCUGAAUGGCUACCUCUUGCAGCGUCCGUCAACAUCAUCCGACGUCCAUGCGGACCACACAAGCUGGCCCGUAGCGUGAUGAGCUGCUUGAAACCUCUCGGCCCUUCGAGAUCCGCAACACCCUCUUCAGCUAGGCAACCUAUGAGCCUUCCUAUCCGGACAUCUUCUCUACCAUCUGCAAUUGCCUCUCCCAACAUGUCGGCCGCCGAUGUGAUGAGCGCACCUGAGCUCAAUGCCUCAAAUAUCGACGAUCCAGGAACUCGCGAUGUCUCCAUGCAGGUGUCACCGAUCCUAGGACCCUCGGUGAUCACCGCAGACCCAAAGGAAAUUGCGGAAGCUCCCUUGCCUGGACCGUUAUCGGAGGGCUCGGUUCCUUCUACACGGCUUGCGAGAGUGCUCGUCGUCGAUGACAACCGGAUCAAUCUCAAUCUUAUGAUGACAUUCCUCAAGAAACGUCAACUCGUCGCUCUCGACGGUGCCGAGAAUGGAAGAUUGGCAGUUGAGGCAGUUGAGCGUUUACAGCAUGGCUAUGACAUCAUUUUCAUGGAUAUGUCUAUGCCCGUCAUGAAUGGCUUUGAAGCCACUCGUGCCAUUCGCUCGUUAGAGAAGGAUUCAGAUGGUCGCAAGCCAGCUAUCAUCAUUGCGCUGACAGGACUCAGCAGCUCGCGCGACGAGUCUGAUGCUCUGGCUUCUGGUGUGGAUCUGUUCUUGACGAAGCCCGUGUCUUUCAGAGAAGUGUCACGGCUUUUGGACGAGUGGGAACGGGAUGGCAUGGAGCUGGAGCGGAGCAAUGCUUCAUGA